AUGUCACAAGCGCACACAUUCCCUGACACUGCGAAACUUUUCGAUGUCAAGGGUCUAGUAGCUGUUGUCACUGGUGGUGCAACAGGCAUUGGGCUGAUGAUCGCUACUGCCCUCGAGAAUAACGGCGCGAUCGUUUAUAUCGUGGGGAGGAGGCUUGAGGCUCUGGAGAAGGCUGCUGAUGUCACUGAUCGUGACUCGCUGCGCUUGCUCGCAGCGGAGAUCAAAUCUCGCCACGGACACGUCAACCUGCUCGUGAACAACGCGGGUGUGAUGUUGGGGCACCAGCCUCAGCUCCCCAAGCCUGCGGACACGAGCAUUGCUGCGUACCAGGAGCUUUUGUGGAACACGGAGGACUUUGGCUCGUUCGACACCAAUUUCCGUGUGAACGUCUCCGGGGUGUGGUUCUGUACCGUGGCGUUCCUCGAGCUUCUGCAUGCGGGGAACGAGUCGGAGUGGGCGCGCACGAACGGCGUGACAAGCCAGGUGCUGACCAUCUCAAGUCUGGCCUCGCUCCGUAGGGACUCGGGAGUGUUCAGCUUGUCGUACUCGCUCAGCAAGGCGGCAACGACGCAUCUAGGUAAGAUGAUGGCGCAUUAUUUGAAAGACUGGAAGAUCCGCAGCAACGUGAUCGUGCCUGGUGUGUUCCCAUCAGAGAUGACCGAUGGCGUUGUCGACGAGGCCAGUGUGGGGGCAACGACGCCCGUUGGGAGAUUGGGAGAUACGGAAGAUAUGGGCGGCCUCGUACUAUUCCUCGCAAGCAGGGCAGGAGCGUACGUGGACGGAGGUCUUCAUGUCAUUGACGGAGGAAGACUUUUAUCCAUGCCAUCUACUUUCUAA